ACAAAACAUUAAACACGUCAACACUACAUAGAAUAGAAGAAUACAACACGUAUAGCUGCAACCAAUAAAAGACUCCAUCCAUUGUAGAUUGUUCCUCAAAACCAAACAACGAUUCUUCUUCUUCCACCACCACCAUCCAACUAUGUGAUUAACAACACUCACAUAUACACCCAGUUUCUUCAUAAUUGCCAUGGUUCCUUGGAGACCCAUAUUCCUCGUUAUCCUCAUCACUGGUCUCCUUUGUUUCGUGAUUCGUUUGAUCCUAUUCAAAACUGGAUUGUUCCACACCGUGAACAAACUUCACAGAACGUUCCAAGAUUGGUUCCACGUGUACCAGUUCCUCAAGGUUCCUGAAUUCAACGAAAGCAUGCAGCGAAACCACCUUCAUCGUAAGGUUUCUCUCUAUUUGCAUUCUCUUCCUUCGAUUGAAGACUCUGAUUUCACCAACCUCAUCACCGGGAACACCCAAAACGACAUCGUUUUAUGCCUCGACCAGAAUCAAACCAUAGAGGACCAAUUUCUCGGUGCCACGAUUUUCUGGUUCAACCAGAAAACUGAACCGGACCGGACCGGAGGGUUUGUGUUGAAAAUCAGAAAGGCUGAUAAACGCCGCAUCCUCCGCCCUUAUCUCAGCCACAUCAACGCCGUCGCCGACGAGAUUGACAGCCAAGGGAAACGCGAUUUGCGCGUGUUCGUCAACGGCGGCGGCGGAACGCGGUGGAGAUCGGUCCCGUUCAAUCAUCCGGCGACGUUUGAAACCAUGUCGAUGGAGGAAGAUCUCAAGGAGAAAAUCAAAUCGGAUCUGGAAUCGUUUCUGAAAGGGAAGCAAUACUACCGGAGACUCGGCCGCGCGUGGAAACGGAGCUUCCUGCUGUAUGGCCCUUCCGGCACCGGGAAAUCGAGCUUUGUUGCGGCGAUGGCGAAUUUCAUGUGUUACGAUGUGUACGACGUGGAUCUCUCCAAGGUUCGCGGCGAUUCGGAUCUGAAAGUGCUCCUUCUCGAAACGACGGCGAAGUCGAUCAUCGUCGUGGAGGAUCUCGACCGGUUUCUGACGGUGGGAUCGGAACCAGCGGCGGUGACGGCGUCGGGGAUUCAGAAUUUCAUGGACGGGAUUCUGAGCUCGUGCUGCGGUGAAGAAAGAGUGAUGGUUUUCACGAUGAAUAGCAAAGAUGGUAUCGACCCGAAUUUGCUACGUCCGGGUCGGGUCGACGUGCAUAUCCAUUUCCCGGUUUGCGAUUUCUCGGCGUUCAAGACGCUAGCGAGUAGCUACCUAGGGGUGAAGGAGCACAAGCUGUUUCCUCAGGUGGAGGAGAUUUUCCGGCAAGGAGCGAGUUUGAGUCCGGCGGAGAUCAGUGAGUUGAUGAUCGCGAAUCGGAACUCGCCGAGUCGGGCUAUAAAAUCGGUAAUCGGGGCGCUGCAAACGGACGGUGAUGGGAGGGGGUGUGGGGAUGUGAUCGGACGGCAGGGAGGGGAUGAUGAUGAAGCGGUGCCUGAAGGGUUGUUGUGUGGUGGUGAGGGGUUCUCUGCGGUUAAGGAUUUGCGGAAGUUGUACGGUUUGUUUAGAUUAAGGAACUCUAGGAAAUCUCGCUCGUCUAGUAAUAACUUGGUCCAUGAAAGAUGAUGAUGAUGAUGAUAUGUCAAUGUUGUUGGUUUUGAAACUUUUUGGCAGGUUUAGGGAGGGUUUUUGUUUUGUUCAUAAACAAACAAAUUAGAUAUUGCAUUUAUUUAUUGGUUGGAUUGGAUACCUCCAUGUAAUGUUGUUCAUAUUGGUACUUUAGGAGUGAUUUGUUUGGGAUGUUUUUAGGGGUGGAUGUAAAAAUGUUAGAAUUUGAAAGAUGAUUGAUAUAGGAAAAGUAUUGGCAAACAAAGACUUAUCAUGUAUAUAGUUUUUUUGGGAACAAAAACCACCAAGUAUAUUAUAUUGUUUCCCCCAUUUUCAUGGAUGGGGAAGUCAAUUGAAUCUCAUGGCAUGUAACAUUGAA